AUGGUUUCUUGUCUCCUUUCUCAUGUCAGAAGCACUGAGACAAUAAAGGGAGGAGGAAAUUUUACAGAGAUCACUGAAUUCAUCCUCCUGGGAUUCUCAGAUUUCCCCAGAAUCACAGCACUGCUCUUCAUCGUAUUCCUGCUCAUCUACAUCACAGCUCUGACCUGGAACCUGUGCCUCAUUGUUUUAAUAAGGAUGGAUUCCCACCUCCACACCCCUAUGUACUUCUUCCUCAGUAAUCUGUCCUUCAUAGACCUCUGCUAUGUCACCUCAACAGUCCCUAAACUGCUCGUCAGUUUCUUCCAGGAAAAGCAAACUAUUAGCUUUGUGGGCUGUGUAAUUCAGUAUUUCUUCUUUUCACUGCUUGCAACAAGUGAAUCUUGCCUCAUGACAGCCAUGGCCUAUGACAGGUAUGCUGCCAUUUGUAACCCACUGCUCUAUUCAUCCAUCAUGUCUCCUACCCUCUGUGUUCAGAUGGUGAUGGGAUCUUAUAUGGGAGGACUCACAGGUUCUUUACCUCAGAUUUGUGCUUUGCUGCAGCUUCAUUUCUGUGGACUGAAUGUCAUCAGGCACUUCUUCUGUGAUGUAUCCCAGCUCGUACAUCUAUCGUGCACUGAUCCUUUCUUUGUAGAAGUCCUGCUUGGAAUAUUAAUAACAAUAUUUGGGAUAAUGAAUGCCUUAGUUAUCUUGAUAUCCUAUGGCUAUAUCAUGUUGUCCAUCAUGAAGAUCACAUCCAUUAAAGGCAGGAUCAAGGCAUUCAACACCUGUGCUUCUCAUUUGACAGCUGUUUCUCUCUUCUAUGUUUCUGGUGUCUUUGUCUAUUUGCGUUCCAGCUCUGGGAUUUCCUCCAGCUUUGACAGAUUCACUUCCAUGGUCUAUAUUGUGGUGAUUCCCAUGUUGAACCCCUUGAUUUACAGUUUGAGGAACAAGGAAAUCAAGGAUGCCAUGAAGAGGCUGCAGAAGAAGACAGGCAUGUGGUAA